CUUUUGUCAACAUCUUAUCUUUGUUGUGGUUCUUUUUCUGUCUAACAUUUUUUCAUACAGCCAUAUUGAGUCCUUCUUACUGCAAGAUUUAAAUGCCACAUUAAGCAGCCUCUUUUGACUUUUUCAAGUUCAUCCAGCCACCCAGUCCGCCAAUGUUUAACAGGUAUAAAACAGAAGGAUUUUUACAUCAAUCGUGGUUCAGUUUGAUCACUUGUGUUCACUUGUAUUCAAGGCUCAAAUCGGCACUCAAAUGAGCAUUGCUGCAACUACAUAUGUGAGCCACUAAGUUCAAGGUCUCCACUGUUUAACCUUUUACCACGUCAAUUUCACUUUGCCGGGUUGAACGAAAUUGUUGUCAAAUUAGGCGUGCUUGUCAUAGUUCUUUUACUUUUCGAUGAUGAACCCUCUUUUGUACAGGCCACCACCUAAUCCACAUUUCCCAAUGAUGCCAUAUUUACCUGGUCCCUUACCCCAUAGGCGUGAUAUUCAGGAAGAGGAAGAUUUGGCCAGUGUCGCCCUGCAAGUCCAGAAAAAACGGUUUUAUGUUGAUGUCAAGAAAAAUAGAAGAGGAAUAUUUAUGAAAAUCGCUGAGGUCAGUUCCGACGGUCGAAAAGCCAGAAUUCUUCUGACCCUGCAAGCUGCCGUAGAAAUAAAAGAUAAACUAAAGGAUCUCAUUGAUGUUCUUGAAGAGAUCAAGUCAAAUGACGAAGGUUCAGGUGCUCAAAACUCAGACGCAAAUAAAACUACAGAUUUACAGCCCGCAAACAGCCUCAUCAAGUCCCAUAUAGUCAACUAUCCGUAUAGACGUUAUUUCCUUGACCUCAAACGCAACAAAAGAGGUCAUUUUCUCCGCUUAACAAUGUUGUCAACCUUGAACAGAAUACAACUUGCUAUUCCGUCUCAGGGCAUGCUAGAUUUGUAUAAUGCCAUCAAUGACAUGCUGGGAAAAUGGUGGGAUGGUUCAGAAGUAAAUGAUAGUAAAUCUCUUAGUUUGCCGGAGUCAAAGUCCCUAAGGUUUGACAAUCGUACUCUGUACUUCGACUCCUCGUUCAAUCGGUUUGGAACUUACCUACGUAUUUCAGAAGUCCGAACAGCAUCUAGAACUGCAAUUACAAUUCCAGGCCGUUCGCUUUCACGCUUCAGAGAUAUUAUCAAUGGACUAGCAGAAGAUUUGUCGAACGUCAAGGUCACCAAAAAUGCUGAGGAGCAACCAUCUAGUAAUGGAGUUCCUGAUACUUCCGACAAUUCGGAACCAAGUGAACCCCUUGUAAAUGGCGAAGUUUCGCAAAGCACAAUAUGUUCGCCUUCAAUUACAGACCUCAAUUAUGUCAAUCAAAGAUAAUCAUCAGAAAUAGUGUGAAUGUAAUGGUUUCAUUUAUUGUAAUCCUAGGCGUGACUAUAAAUUAUAGACGAACGAUUUAAGUCUAUGACAGCGCCUCUUCGAAUUUUGCAUGAAAUCCAUUUAUUUAUAUGGCUAAAUAGAAUUCCGUCGUUAUUACUCAUGUCAGUUCAUGAUGAAAACCCUGCCCCUCACCUAUAACUAAUAACGAUAACUCGUAAUCCCGAUUCCUUAUAAUAUUUCAUAACCUUAUUUUUUGCCUGAUAAUCCGUUCAAGUUUCAUAAGGUCACAUGAGGACCGCUUAGAUGUCGUGCGAGACUAUAGCCUCGCCAUCUUAUGGUUCAUUGCUUGUAACAACACUAGUUUAUUUCUACAUCUCAUAUAUUUUGUCCCCUAAUUGUAACCAACUUAACUAAUGAUGUGUGCAAGCCUCACUCUUUUAUUGAUAUCUGUUUUUAUCAGUCAACUGUAUAGAAUUUUUCCUUUCAACAACGUGUGUUUGUGUGACACUUCUCUUAAUUUUUCUACUUCUAUAUUUAAAAUUAUUCACUUAACUAACCCCAAUAGCUUUUUUAGUGCAUCAACUACCUUCUCAAUAACUUGAAAUAAAUUUCACACAGUAUUUCAUGGAAUGUGAUUCAGCUGUUGAUAAAAUAUAUUUAGUCCACAUUUUUGUAUUUUAGAAAACGCAGCACCAGUGAUAUGGUUUCAACAAUUUCAAACUCCAUAACUUUUCAUCACUAGAAAGUUCAGAAAGGUUAUAUACUUGAUUAUAGACCGUCACCAACUAUGUUAAUUUUUCUCAGUUGAAGACAAA